ACUAAAUUAAGCUUUGACCUUUAAUUAUAGUUAGCUUUUCUGGUUCUAAUAAUCAUUGCCCAAUUAUUUCUAAAAUCAUUAACUGAAAUUCAGUUAAUACAAUCCAAAAAGUCGGACCUCUCCCCUCCAAAACACUUUAAAUACCCCAUUUUCCCUAUCUUCUAACAUAGAAAUUAACAAAAUCCCAUUUCCUCUCUAUAAUAUAUGGCUAAGUUUUUAAUUUCUUGGUGUUGUGUCUUCUUUUCUUUUGGUUUCAUUUUCUUGAAUUCAAAUGCAGCAUCAGUAACAUACAAUGUGUUAAGUUUUGGAGCAAAAUCAGAUGGCAAAAGCGAUGCAACUCAGCCUUUUUUGAAAGCAUGGGUAGCUGCAUGCAGCUCAGUGAAAUCAGCUACCAUUUAUGUUCCUAGUGGACGGUACUUAAUUAAGGCUGCAACAUUUAGAGGGCCAUGCAAAAAUAAAAUUACUGUAAAAAUUGAUGGAACCCUUGUGGCUCCAUCGGAUUAUUAUGCCCUUGGCAACUCCGGUUACUGGAUUUUGUUCAUUCAGGUUAACCGGAUUACGGUCCAGGGAGGAACACUUGAUGGCAAUGGAGCUGGAUUUUGGGCUUGCAGGAAGUCAGGGAAAAAUUGCCCUGUUGGAGCUAGGUCUAUAACCUUCAACUGGGCAAAUGAUGUAGUGGUUAGUGGCCUAACGUCAAUCAACAGCCAGCAAAUGCAUUUGGUAAUCAAUAGCUGCAAGAAUGUGAUGGUUAAAAAUGUAAGAAUAAUAGCGCCUGAUUUGAGUCCCAAUACAGAUGGAAUUCAUGUUCAAUCUUCAACUGGUGUUACUAUUACUGGGACUAGUAUCAAAACCGGAGAUGAUUGUAUAUCUGUUGGUCCUGGCACAAGAAAUCUUUGGAUGGAGAAGAUUCAAUGUGGACCCGGACAUGGUGUUAGCAUUGGAAGUCUAGCAAGAGAUUAUAAUGAAGAUGGUGUGCAGAACGUGACAUUAAUUAAUUCAGCUUUCACUGGAUCUGAUAAUGGAUUAAGGAUAAAGUCUUGGGCAAGGGCCAGCACUGGUUUUGUCACCAACAUUAAUUAUCAAAACAUCAUGAUGAAGAAUGUUGACAACCCAAUCAUCAUUGAUCAGAACUACUGCCCCAACAACCAAGGCUGUCCAGGCCAGACAUCUGGCAUAAAGAUCAAUCAAGUGACAUACCAGAAUAUUCUAGGAACAUCAGCAACCCAAGUAGCCAUGAGAUUUGACUGCAGUCCAAGCAAUCCAUGCAGCAGAAUCAAGUUACAAGACAUCAAGCUUACUUAUUUGAACAACAAAAAGGCUCAAUCUCUUUGCAAGAAUAUUAGAGGAAAUACUGGAGGGGUCAUUUUGCCUGAUAAUUGUUUAUUAUAACA